GAACGUACGUGAGCGUAGUUGCACGGUUGCUGCAGCUAUUAUUAUUCUUUGACCUUUGACUGAGUUUGAGUUGCCUGAAAUUUGUGAUUGUCGUUCUGCACAGUUUGGGCGUAUGUUCUUUUCUUGAUCUACGUUGUGAGUAAAAAGUUGAGAGACACGUCGUGUAAGCAUGGGUUACAAACUAUGGGUGGUGUUGGUGGGCGUCCGGAUCCUACUGUGUCUGUGGCCGAUGAAUGCUUACAUCCAUCCAGAUGAGUUCUUUCAGAACACUGAACCAUUGGCAGGUGACAUAUUCGGAAUGGAGACAAUGCGUCCUUGGGAGUUUAAUGCCACAAAGCCCUUGCGAAGCAUCUUCUUUCCUCAUAUCACCAGUGGGUUGGGCAUGAAGAUACUCCAGUACGCCGACACAGCAGGGAUUAUAUCACUCAGUCCUUACUCACUUUUAGUCAUCCCGCGUCUCAUGAUGGUUGUGGUAUCACUUCUCUGCAUCGACUACCCAGUCUACAUGAUCUCCAAGUUACUCGAGAUGAAAGCCGGGACGUGUCUCACAAUCCUCGCCAGCUCGUUCGUGACCUUGGCGUACCACACCAAAACCUUCUCCAAUUCCUACGAGACGAUGACGUUUGCCCUGUUGCUUCUUCUGGUGGUCGAUUCCAGAUUGGACCAGUUCAAACUGCCUCGAUCCGCUAAACCCUCAUCUGAGAAGGGAGGCAAGAAAGAGGUGCUGAAAAGAGGAGAGAGGCCGAAUCAUGCAUUCUGGAUAGGUGUCUUCAUCGUGGAAGGCACUUUCAACCGAAUAUCUUUCCCCUGUUAUACUUUGAUACCUAUGGUCUUUUGGCUGACGGGAUCUGCAACGGAAUUCGGGGUUCAGGCGGUCCGGGAAGUUGUCCGAAACACUCUGGCCCUCUUGCCAGGAGCUAUGACCAUGCUUGUUUCGAAUAUCGUAAUGGAUUCUGUCUACUAUGGUAGUUUAGACCCAGUAGUGUUGACCGACCCCCAGCUCCUCUUUGCAAACUUAAACUAUGACUUUCUGGUGCAUAACCUAACAGUGACUCCACUCAACUCAUUAAUGUAUCACCUUGACAUUGACAACAUAGCUCAGCACGGCUUGCAUCCGCGCAUCACUCAUAUCUUUGUCAAUCUCCCAAUGCUGUUCUUACCCCUCGUUGUCUGUUUCGCAACUGAGGUUUUUGCCGUCGUCCGCGGGGCCCGUCAGACAACAUCGACAGGUUUUACUGGGUCUAGUAGCCGAGCGUUCUUCAUCCUAUGCUUUGUCACGCCUACGUUUCUCUUGUCUCUGGUGCCACAUCAAGAGGCACGUUUCAUCCUUCCUGUCUUAGUGCCUCUUGUUUUACUGUAUGCUGAGUUUGUCAUGUCCGGCGUUUCCGUUCCCAAUGUUCCAUGGAUUGUCUGGAACGUGCUUGGUUGCAUCAUGUUUGGGUUUGUCCAUCAGGGUGGCGUGGUGCCCAGUGUCAUGCACACGCAUGGUUUAGUAUCUCAGCCUACUCAGACACCAAUACAAUAUCACUUCGUGUAUUUUCACACUUACAUGCCUCCGCGACACCUGGCCUUGUACAACCAGUCUCAGCCAGCUCUCCCGUCGCUCGACCAACCCACGGCCAAACCAGCCGAGUUGCCGAACACCAUGACCUUUCACGACCUCAUGGGCGCCGACAACCUCGCUCUCAGCACCACGGUCAAUAAUCUGCUCAGUUCCAAGCACACCCCGGUUCCCAAGUUCUUCAAGAAGGAGGUGUACGUGUUUGCGCCAGCGUCGCUGGACCCCGUGUUCUGUCGACUCGGCAUCAAGCACAACUACAAGUUGGUGAAGACUUUCUUCCCGCAUGUCAGUGCUGAAGACGUGCCCGAGUUUAUGCCAUCUUACACCUGUGUCGCGGAACCUGACAGAAAUGCUCAUCAUAAGAACAGUCUGCAAAAGUGGCAGGCAAUGUUCUCACUGAAUAUGUAUAAAGCAGACGUAGUUCACAUAGUUCCACAGACUGGAGUGCCUUAAGUUCGAUAUACACCCAUUUCAGAAUGGGGCUCUAGCAUUCUGGCAAAAUGAGACAGAAUUGGGCACAAGUGGAGACAAAUGCACACACACAAAAAAUCGGCCUGAAUUUUUUUCUCGAUUUUUAGACUUAUUGAUAUUUGUUAUCUUUAUGUCUACUCAACAUAUUUUAAAGAAUUUUUUUUAUAAAACGUGGAAUAAAAGUGUUUUUAAGGAAAAAGAAUUGGCAUCUUUCAUUUUCACGAAUACAAAACUCAAAAACUUUCAAUGCCAUUUUCUCAGUAUUUUACUUUUUUGACAUGUCCAUAAAUGCAAACUUUAAACAGCCACAACUUGUCAACGGAAUGUCCAAUUGAAGUGCAACUAACAUUAUUGUAAGGAGAAUAUUAUUCUCUUUCCUAAUACUCACAAACCUGCAAACCCUCGUUUCGUCCUCUGCCCAGUUCUGUCUCAUUUUGCCAGAAUGACUCACACUUGAUGUUUGAAAAAGUUCUGAGCUUGAAUGUAUUUCAGAAGAUAGUUUUAGAGCAUAGUACAGGCUAUUCGCAAAGCAUAGAUUUAUUUUUGCCGUUUAAUUUUCGCACUUUAAAAAGUGUAUCCACAUUUUUAUUGAACUUGAAUAAAAUAGAAUUUUUAGUAGACAUUUUAUUAUUUUGCCACAAAUCUGAUGAACUUGUUGAAAUAUAUUUGCAAACUGUUUUGCAUUGGUGCUCAAGUCACAGAAUUUUCUUAGAUAACAUUGUUACGAUGAGAAUCAUAUGUGGAUAAAAGCUAUUCAAAGUUAUUGAAGUUAUUAAAUUUAUUCAAACUGACAACUUGGGUAUCUUUCUUAAAAAUGUUGGUAAAUGGGAAAUUGUAUUCAUGCAGCCUCGUCCCCAGUGCUUACUUUAUUUCCAACCACGCUUCCAAUAGUAAGCCCUGAAUAGGAAACUUUCUUCCUGUAUCCCGAUUCGAUACCGCAAUUGGCUAGUAAUGGAUUUUUAUCGUGC